AUGUCGGCACUUCCGUCGUCCUCGCAACAGGCCGCCAACGGCGCGAGCGCAUCUGCAUCAUCCCCCAACAAGACAAAGGACCUCUUCAACGCGGCUCUACAGGCGCGCAACCCCAACAACGCCUACAUUGCACACCUCAAGAUUUGGGAGGAAGUGCCCCAGGAAGCAGCCCCCGAUGCUGCACCUGCCAAGAAGGCCAGAUACCUCAUCCUCGCCGUACAGAAGGACACUGGCAGAGUCACCAUCAACAAGGCGAAGCGGAACGCCAACGGUAGCUUCAGCAUCGGCAAGGACUGGGACCUCAACACGCUCAGAGAGGUGCACGUCCUCCAGCCCGACGUCUUCAGCAUCACUCUCACGCGGCCCUACCAGUGGCAGACACAGCAGCCCGUCGAGCAGCAGCUCUUCCUCCAGAGCUUGGUCAAAGUGUAUCGCAAGUACACCCAGGAUGACGGACCAAGACUAGUUGGUAUACAUGUUCCAUCGGCUUCGGCGUCCACCCCCGCUGCUGCCGCCGUCGCCGACUCGGCCAACCUAUCCGACCAUCCCUCCGGAUAUCGCAGCGACACAUCUCAGCUCAGCUCCAACAAUGGCACUGUUUCGUCCGCCGUUGCGAUUCCUAUCGUCAAAACGUCGUCCUUGCCCAAGCCGCGCAUCGACACUGCCGCGUCUCCCACCCGCAGUCUCUCCAGCGAAGGAAGCCCUGUGAAUGGUCGCGACAAGAGCGCGUCGUCGCUCGGCUCCAAUACCAGCCCGAAUCCCCUCAAGAGCAGGCGGGAAGGCACUCUUCAGCCGAGCCCCCUCAGCCGUACCGCGCAGCUACCUUCCCGCCCUUCCGCCGAGUCUGAUCGAUCAGCGGUCUCAGAUUCAAACAGCUACAGGCAUCCUACCGAUUCAAAGUCCCUCGCCGUACCCACACAACCCCCUCCGCGCAAGAACAGCGCAGACUCGCUCUCGAUCCGCAGCGGCAGCCACGGCGGCCUCGCUGGUGGCGGAGGCGAUGCACGUGCACGUCUCAGCUCCAUCGAGCCGAUCCGAGGAGGCGCUGCCUACGAGAGGAUGCUCUUGGCAGGCACAGGACUCAACGGUGUCACCGAGGUCGACGACGAUGGUGCGGCGGACGACGAUGACGAUCCUUAUGGUGGCGCUGUACUCGCAGACAACGAUGCUGCGGCCCCGGACGCCUCCUUUUCGUCCAAGCGUGCCACACUCGGCCGACCCGCCAUCGCACGCCUGGAGAUGCCAGACAAAAACGCCGCUCGACAAAGGGCCAAGUCAGGCGACCGUGUCGACGAAGACGAAGAUGAAGACGAGAACUCGACCCUCGUCGCCGUCGAGGAGAUGCUUGAAGGCUUUGAAUGGCGCAACGGCGGAGCAAAGGGCUACGGCACCGCCGCUGGAAAAGGCACAGCCGACAUGAUCGAAGCGCGCCUGCUCGACGAGCUUUCCGCACUCGAGUCGGCCAAUAUACACGCCAUCAUCGAGUCGGACGACCGCGUCGCUCUCGUCGUCAAGCACAUGGAAGAAGCGCUCGCCGAGCUCGACAUGAUGGACAGCAUGAUCGCCGGCUUCAAGGUGCAGCUCAAUGCGCGUGCAGAUGACAUCUCCCACAUCGAGUCGCAGAAUCGAGGCCUUCAGGUGCAGACUUCGAACCAGCGCACGCUCAUGGGCGAGAUCGAGAAUCUCAUCAACACCAUCAACGUCGACGAAGAUGCCAUCCACACGCUCAGCGCCGGUCGCCUCGAAAGCUCCGAAGGCGUGGCUCAGCUCGAGAUGGCCGCCGCCUCGCUCUACAAGUCCAUGCUCCAGGCACGAAGGGACGGCGAUGGCGGAGGAGCCGACAUGGCGGCCGCAGCCGAAAGGCUGGCAGACCACGAAGCCAUCUCGUCCCGCUUCUGUAAGCGCAUCCUCGACUAUCUCAACGUCACCUUUAGCGCAGAGUCGCAGCGACUGCUCUCGGAUCCCAACCGCCAGAAGGCGCUGCAGCCGCCACAUCCUACGCUGCCGGAUCACGCACCCAUGGAAGAGGCGCUCGGACAGUACUGCGGCUUGCUCCUCUACAUGAAAGAGGUCUCGUCCGCCACCUUCUCGCGCGUCUCGGCCUCCUACUUUGCCUCGGCAAGCGAAUGCUACCGAACCGAGAUGCAGCAGCUUUUUGUUGCCUACCGCAAGCAGUUGCGCAAGGCGAGCGACGACGAUAUCAACGAGUCCAGCUUCACCGGAUCGCAGUCCACAGGAACCGCCACAUCGGCCAUUCGUAGCGGCACCAUCCGACGCGUGCAGCGCGACAAGUCGGCUCGUGGUGGACGAGACCGUGGGGACGUCACGGGUCAGGACGGCCUCCAGAGGAUCCUCUCGUCCAUCAUCCCGAUCUUGCUGCGAGAGCAGAGCUUCAUUUCGGACCUGCUCCACAUCAACGACAACAACAUCACCUUUGCCGACUACAUGGACCUCGAGCCGUACUUCCGCAGGCGGGCCGCAGGCAUGUUCACCGGUUCCGCCGGGCCGCUGCGCGAAAUGAAAGGCGCCAUGGACCUGAUCUUCGGAUUUAUGGCGCCAGAGCUUCAGGCGUUUACCGACGAUGCUCUGUCCAAGGACAAGAUGAGCAUCGUAGGGCUGCUCGCGACGCUCGAUCGUGGCAUCAUCGAAGCCGAGGAGGUCAACUGCGAGAGUCUGCAAAAGGUGCUGGCCAAGCUGCAUCUGCGGCUGGCCUCGCAGCUGGAGCGCUUCGUGCAGGAGCAAAUCAAGGGCAUCGAGCAGACCAAGCUCACGGUCAAGAAGCGCAAGGGCGUGGUGCCGUUCAUGCGCAUCUUCCCGGUCUUUGUCGAGCGCGUCGAGAGCCAGCUGCUCAACGCCGAGACACUCAACAUCCGCCACGCCGUCGAUGGCUACUAUGCCCAGAUCUGCGGCGCCAUGUUUGAUGCGCUCCAGACCAUCUCCCGCGUAGAGACGGGCGCGGGCGCGGCAGGCGACGAAGACAAGGGUCAGCUCAACCAUCUCGUCAUCCUCAUUGAAAACAUGUACUACUUUAUCCACGAGAUCAACCGCGCGUCGCGCCAGCGCGGCAACUCGGCGCUCGCCGGGCUCGUCAAGCGCGCCGAGGCGAUCUACGGCGACUCGCUCGCGUCGUACACGCAAUUUGUGCUGCGCAGGCCGCUCGCCAAGAUGAUCGACUACGGCGACGGGAUCGAUGCGCUGCUGCGCUCCACGCCCGCCAACGAGGUCUCGCUGCACUCGGCGUAUUCCAAGUCGUCGUUCAAGAAGCUCGUACGCGACUUUACCGCCAAGGACACGCGCAAGGCCAUCGAGGCGCUCAGCAAGCGCGUCGCCAAGCACUUUGGCGACGACGACGACGCGCUGCCGGUCGCGGCGCCCGCGGCCUCAGCGGGGACGGACAGUGCGGAUGCGGGGCAGGCGGAGGUGCUCAGUCGGGUAUGGUCGUCGUGCGAGCUCGGAUACCAGCGCGAGUUCGAGCGCAUCCAGCGCAUCGCCGCCGAGUGCUAUCCGGACCAGUCGGCGUCGCUCGAGCUCGGCUCCAACGAACUCCGUCGACUCUUUGCCAGCCUUGCUCCGCGUCGACGAUGA